AUGAAAGUUAUAAGAAAAGACAAAAAGAUCCAGUGGAUGAACAGAUGUAAAGAGACCCUGGAAAAGCUGCAGACUACUUUAAAGAAAAGUUGGUGUAGUAUCCAGAGAGGUCAUCGUAGCCAGAGAGGUCGUGUCCAGAGAUGUCACCGUGUCCAGAGAAAUCAUGUUGCGAGAGGUCCAGAGUUCCAGAGUGGCGUCAACAUCAUCACUGUGGCAGGAUUCGAACCAGGAGCCCUGCUGAACCAGGUGGACAACAAGGAAGGCCGAGCAGAAGAGGCAAAGAGCACAACAUAUAGAAAUGUGCAGAAUGGAAUUACCUUCUAUUUGGCCUCAAGCCUGAGGCCAAAUGGAAGGACAACGUUGUCCAGCGGAGUUGUUUCAAGGGUCAGGGGCUUAGUACAUGCCCCACCAAAAGAACAAAAUAUCGACCACUCCACAGCCCACUGUGAGGAAUUUGCACAACACUUUGCAGAUAAAGUUGCUCGGAUCUGCUCUGCCUUGGAUGCUGUAAUUGAUAUAGACCCAGUGGAUAUAACUUUGGCCCUGGCUUGUCCUCUUUUAAUGGAUGAUGUGGACAGUAUAGAGAAUACACCCAGGUCCACCUGUGUGGAGAGCUGCCACCCUGGAGAGAGCAUGUCUGUCCAAAUGGGGAAGCAGGUGUGCUGUUAUGAUUGCGUUGCAUGCCCUAACGGGAGGAUUUCGAUCCAGAUGGAUGCAAGAGAAUGCCAGGAAUGCCCCAAGGACCAGUAUCCAAACAAGAAUCAAGACAGUUGUAUUCCCAAAGCCCUAAGCUACCUCUCUUAUGAGGAACCCUUGGGCUCAGUACUGACUAGCUUGGCCCUCUUCCUUUCUAUCACCACCAUCAUGGUGAUGGGGACUUUCGUUCAGUACCGCCACACUCCCAUGGUCAAAGCCAACAACUGGAGCAUCACCUGUGCCCUCCUCUCCUCUCUCCUCCUCUGCUUCCUCUGUUCCUUCUUCUUCAUUGGACGGCCUGGAACUCUCACCUGCCUCCUGAGACAAAUGGUGUUUGGCAUCGUCUUCUGUGUGUCUGUUGCUUGUGUCUUAGCCAAAACCAUCACUGUGAUAGUAGCCUUCAUGGCCACAAAGCCUGGAAAAAAGAUCAGAAGAUGGGUUGGGAAGCGGCUGGCAGGGGCUGUCAUCAUGGUGUCUUCUCUUAUCCAGGCUGGUAUUUGUGUGGUCUGGUUGAUUACUUCUCCCCCCUUCCCAGAGUUUGACAUGCAUUCUGAGACCGAAACAAUCUUAGUUCAAUGCAAUGAAGGUUCAGAUCUCAUGUUCUAUCUUGUCCUGGGCUACAUGGGUUUGUUGGCCAUCCUCAGUUUCUUGGUAGCUUUCUUUGCCCGCAAGUUGCCAGAUACUUUUAAUGAAGCCAAAUUAAUCACUUUCAGCAUGUUGAUGUUUUGCACUGUUUGGGUGUCUUUUCUCCCAGCCUACCUGAGUACUAAAGGAAAAUACAUGGUAGCCGUGGAGGUCUUCUCCAUCUUGGCUUCCAGUGGUGGCUUGCUGGGUUGUAUCUUCCUUCCCAAAUGUUAUGUUCUUAUUCUCAUGCCUGACCUGAACAACAAGAAGCAAAUAGUAGGGAAAAAUAUGAGAUACAGGUGAGAGAGAAAUCACAUCAUCUUCAAUGACUUCUUUGGAAAAUUUACACAGACAAAAGAAGUAAAUUCAUCUG